AUGGUAAGAUGGAGUUUCGAAUACUACUUGGAUGACUAUCGGACUUCCGGGGAUCAGUCCGACCCGACGAAGGGCGUUGAUCGGGAGGACGAACGUCGCUGGCGGCAUCAAGAAGAGUGGAUGACGCUCGGCUACUUGUUUUUCAUGAUCAUCACCAAGUUACCCGUAAUUUACGUCUACUACCAAUUUUUACGCGAUCGCCAAAUUGUUCAAGAUCGGGGCAACCGUGUGGAGAAGAUGCCGGUGCAGAUGCUGAAU